AUGCUCAAUUAUGUGCUGUUGAUAUCACGACAAGGUGAGCUUGGCUGGGUGUUCACAGAGUCGGAUAACCCUUGUGUCGUGUCAGGAAAAGUGCGCCUUGCCAAGUGGUACAAGACCAUGCCUUCCAAAGCGAAGGCGCGAAUAGUGCAAGAUGUUACCACUCGGGUGCUUGCGAGGCGACCUCGAAUGUGCAAUGUGCUUGAAUAUAAGGACACCCGCCUCAUCUAUAGGCGCUACGCGUCGCUUUUCUUUGUUUGUGCGAUAGACCCAACGGACAACGAGCUGAUAACGCUCGAAGUCCUCCACCGCUAUGUCGAAAUUCUCGACCGUUAUUUCUCCAACGUGACGGAGCUUGACCUUAUCUUCAACUUUCAAAAAGCUUACGCGGUUUUGGACGAGUUGGUGCUCGCCGGAGAGAUGCAGGAAUCCUCCCGGUCGAAUACUCUACGCUGUGUGCAAGGUGCUGAAGCGUUUGAAGCAAACGAAGUGCUCACCCAAGUGCUCAAGGAGUCUUCACUUGUUUAA